AUGCAAACACAAGAGUCAGUGAAUAUCCAAGGGGGUGGAGAAGAUGCUGUUAUGGGUGAUAUAGUUGAGCCACAGGCUGAGGAAGUUGUGAGGGUAAACGAAUCUGAGGAAGUGGUGAGGGUUAAUGAAGUUGAGGAACUGGGUAGGGUUAAUCAAGUUGUUGAGUAUAUGUAUACUACAGGUCAACCAAGCAAGAGGAAAAAGUCUGAGAGAAUUCUUAAACUAAAGCUUGCUAAAAGGGUUAACAGUGAAGGUAGUACUGUUGGAUCGCCAAUGGAGUUGAAUUAA